AUGACCCCGUUACUGAAGCAACUGCAGCAGGAUACGAAAAAGCUUUCUAGUGCAUUCACCAUGUCUUUUGUUGUCUCUCUGAAAUGUUAUGAGAAAGCAGAGUUGGCCUCUGAUAAAGACCUAUACCUUGACAACAGCUCUGUUGAAGAAGCCUCGGGAGUCUAUCCUAUUGAUGAUGAUGAUUAUUCUUCUGGGUCAGGCUCAGGAGCUGAAGAUGAAGACAGUACAGUGAUGACAACAUCUAGAACACUUCCAAAGAUAACAACUAGUGAUGCACCUAAAGCUGAGACAACCACACUGAAAACACAGACCAAGAUACCUGCACAAACAAAGUCACCUGAAGAAACUGACAAAGAGAAAAUGCCUGAGACGAAAUCUAAAACUAAAGAUGAGCUAAGUGAUGACACUGAUGUAUUUACCGAGAAGCACUCAGAAAACCUUUUUCAGAGAACAGAAGUACUGGCAGCUGUUAUUGCUGGUGGAGUUAUUGGGUUUCUCUUUGCAAUCUUCCUCAUCUUGCUGUUGGUAUACCGCAUGAGGAAGAAGGAUGAAGGCAGCUACGACCUCGGUGAACGUAAACCAUCCAGUGCUGCCUAUCAAAAGGCACCUACUAAGGAAUUUUAUGCAUAAAAUUCCUAUUUAGUGUCUCUAUUUAUGAGAUCACUGAACUUUUUUAAAUAAAGCUUUUGCAUAGAAUAAUGAAGAUCUUUUUCAUUAAAGAGCCAUUAUGGCACCUUUAUGAUAAAAAUCCCAUUGUAUUUAAAACUUUUCAUGUAUUCCUUUAAAAAUGCAAAGUUAAGACUUAACAUUUGCAGUGUUCUGUGAAUAACAGUGGCAAAGCAUUACUUUAUAAAACCAUUGAUGUUCACUGAAUCAUUUUUAAAACUUUAUGCAUAAAUAUAAGAUGAUGAAAAUGAUUGUUUUAUCCUAUGGCUCAAUGAAAGUUGUUUAAUUUUUGUCAGCAUGUCUCGGAUUGAUCUUACAAGUUAGUUUUUAUUUCGUUAAUUUAUCUGUUUCCAAAAAAAUAUGCCUUUUUGUAGUUGUUAUGGUGCAAUUUGUCUUCAGAUAAUUCAGAUAACGGUACCUUAUAGUGUAAGUGUAAUUUUUCAGCUAAGUAAACUUUAACCUCCACUUUGUAUAAAUUUAAGUGUCAGAAUAUCAAUUUUACACUUUGCAUUGUUUCUCAAUGUACCUGUAGCUUCUGUGAGAUUUGUAACAGCAAAUUAAUGUGUAAAAUUGGAAUAUAAUUACAAACUGUUUAGUCGUAUCCUUACUAAACAAAUCUUCUUUAAGGAAGAUUUGGAGUAAGCUACUGACAAAUCUAAGCAAACCCAAAGACUCUUAACAGUAUUCUGAGAAAUUGCUGCAGAUUUCUAUGGCCACUGUAUUUGUUAAUUUCUUGCAAUUGAAGGUACAAGUAGGGGUUUAAAUUUUUGUUCUUAAAAAUGCAUUUAAGUUGUAAACGUCCUUUAAAGCCUUUGAAGUGCCUAUGAUUAUAUGUAACUUGUCGCAGACUGGUGUUAAUGAGUAUAUAACAGUAAAAGAAAAUGUUGGUAUUUUAUAAGCACAGACAAUUCUAAUGGUAACUUUUGUAGUCUUACAUGGAUAGACAUAAAUUGUAAUUUGGGAACAUAAACACUACUGAAUAAAUCAUGUGGCCUAAUACUGAAAAUUUCAUUGUGAUAUACUUUUGUAUGUUUUUCAUUUUAUGUCUUUUUGGUUAUGUUUAAUGUCACAAAUUAUGAUUCCUUAGAUCUUGGAAAAUACUGUUGGGACCCAAAGACCAAAAAAAGCUUAUUGAUGAGGCUGAUGCUUGGAACAGUUUUAUUGCAAAAGUGACAGGGAAACCCGUAAUAUUUUAUUGUCUGGGAGCAAGCUUAGCAUCUGGCGUAUGAAUUAUGAGUGUUUCAACCUUUGUAUUAUACUUAACGGCGGUAUUGACACAGACAUGUACUUUAUGCAAAAGUUACUUUCAGUACUGUAAAAUUUAGAGGAGUGCACAAUUUCAUUUAUUAUGUAUAUCGGUUCUUUAUUCAUUGUUUUACUAUAACUUUUGGAGAAACUUGUUUUGAUUCUACUAUGACACCAGCAAGAAUUGAGAUAAACCCUGAUGAAGGGUUUUUAAACCUAAAAGCUUGCUAAGAACAUUUUUUCCAACUAUUUAAGUUGGUCUAAUAAAAGAGAUCAGAUUCAUCCAAAGAACCUUGUCUGCCUUGGGAUAAUGGAAUAUUUUUAUAAGAGAAGGCAGAAAUAUUCCAACUAGAAGAGAAUUGUAGUUGCCUUUGGGUUACAAUUCAGAUAGCUUGUGGAGACUAAAGUGGUAUGCCUGCCUAAGUUAUGCUUUUAACAAACAAGCAGCUUUGUCUUCAGGACUAUUAAUUUCCUCUUUUCCAAUUUCUUAAGUUCCAAAAUAGUUCAGGGAGAAGAUUUAAUUAUACUAUUUCUCAUAGAUAUGUAUCAAUUGGUUUUAAAUAAAACUCCCAGUUCAAAAAAAAGAAAAGAAAAACAGCAUAACCUGUAUCUGUUGUUGCCCCGAAUUCAGUGGUCAUUUAGGAAAAAUUAAAGGUAUCCUGUGCCAUGAUAUUUUAAUAUAUUGCUUUUUCAUUAUUUACUUGUAUUGGCAUUUUUUUUCAAAGCAAUACAUGUUCAACAGUUAAAAACAGGGUAAGAGUUUAGCAGGUCUAUGUUAUUGUGCAAUAUUUAGUGAAAUUCAAUUAGUAAAAUAACUGCUUGGAAUAACUGUGCCAAGAAAGGAAUAUUGCUGGCAAAUGCUGUGCCACUGCUGUAAAAUAAAGCAUUUGUUAAAGUGCCAAAAUAAAGUCUACCAUGCCUAAACUAAUAUUUCAUUUGUAAAGUCUGACAUCCAGUCUUCUUGAAGCCCAUGUUACUUAUGGUAGAUGGAGUUUUCUUCAAGGUGCAAUAAAUACUACUGUAGUUAUAGCUAUAAACAUUAGACAUAGGACAAGUUGUCUACUUUUUUUCAUAAACAGAUCAACAUUAAAGUGCUUUUAAAUGAC